AUGUCUGAGAAAUAGUUGGACAGUCAAUAUAAAUUAUAGGAGUAGGAGACAUAAUCAGGGAAUAAUAUUGAAUUGAGUAGUCCUCAAGAGAGCAGCAAGAAGAAGGGAAGAGCGCGGACAGCCUCAGAAAGAACAUUUAGCGCUGCAGAAACCUUAUAUGGACGAUCAAGAAAUACAGGAUCUAUGAUACUCUUGAGAACAGCUGAUCAAUUUAAUAAAAAGGUUAUUCAUGAUGUUAUUAAUCAUUCCCCAUCUAAAUAACAAUAUUCAUUUGCUAAAGCCACAAGAUUCUCGAAACCUCGUUCCAGUUAUUGUCAACAAUAAUUUUAUGACUCCUAGAUAAGAACAGCUCUUGGUUAAAGAACUUGCAGUUUCGGAUUUGGUAUAAAAUUCGACUUUGCCAAAUUAACAGAUAAGUAUAUCCCUCCUCCUACUGCUUAUACAAUUAAAUCAAAACCAAAACCAGUCACAAAAUUUGGGUAUGGCAGAGCAGAAACCAAAGCUGUAGGAAUAUAUGGUAAUCCAAAUAAAAAUCCAGCACCUAAUACCUACAAUUUGAAAGAUACUUUCUCCAACAUCAAAUUUUCAUUUGGAGAAAGAACCAAAGCAAAACAUAUUUAUUUGGAAUCGACAACUCCAUCUCCCUGUGCUUAUAAUGUUGGUGGUAUCAGCAAAAUUGGAAAUUACUUCAAUUCUAAAUACUCUAGUAAUAGAGCUCCUUUGUUUUCUCCUACAUCUAACAAGUCUUUCAGAAUAAUUAAAACUCCUGGGCCAGGAACCUAUGAUCCUCCUGGAGAUAUUGCUGAUUUCAGAUUGAAAAGUAGUUCUGGAUUCAGUUUUGGAGCAUCAGAAAGAAAAACUAUUUAAAUUCGAAAUAAAGUUUUUCCUGGACCUGGUACUUAUCAAUUACCAUCAGAAUUUGGUGAUGUUGAAUAUCCAGAUUGAUUAUCAUUAUAUUAUCAAUGAAAUUAUUAAUAA